AUGACAGUCGAGGCCUCCGAGACGGAUGCGUCGUCGCAUGUGGCGAUAGUGAAGUCUCCUGACUCAUACGAUAAUGUUGAGCAACCCAGGGUGUGGAUGCCAAGGGCGUUUGCUGCGUCGGAAGCUGCCUCCCAUAAAGAGAGCGAGGCGAAGGACACGGUGCCUUGGGCCGAAGAGCUAGCCAAGGAGCAGAUCUUGCGUGUGCGUGACUUUGCCUUUGACGACGAGGAUGAGCGGCAUCAUGGUAUUGGCUCUGUGAUCCCUGCCCCUUCCCAGCCUAUGUAUGUCGCAUUGUACGAUUUCCACGCAGAAGCGGCCAAUGAGCUGAGUGUGGAAGCAGGUACCCCCGUGCAAAUCAUGAGCGAAAUCCCCGGCGGCUGGGUCCUUGCCCAACUCGUGGACGAUCCUUCGCGAUGUGGGUUGGUCCCCUAUACCUAUUUGCAAGCCGUGGGCGAAGAAUGA